AUGUCUGGUCCCCUUGGUCUCCCACUGCCGCUGCUGACCGACUCGUACAAAGCCAGUCACUUUGCCAUCUACCCGCCGGCAAAGCAGGCCACGGCGUACGGGGAGUUUCGCAGCGGAUUCAAGCACGAUACCAAGGACACGCGCAUAGUGUUCUACGGGCUGCGGUACGUGCUGGAGACAUACAUCAGCAAGCCGUGGACACGCCAGGACGUGAAAAUGGCCGAGGCGUUCUUUGCAAGACACAACGCCGGGUUCACGCCAUACCCGUUCCCAAAGGCACUUUUUGACAAGUUCGUAGGCGAGAACGGCGGGUAUUUUCCCGUGACAAUCGAGGCGCUGGCCGAGGGCUCGGUGGUAUAUCCGCACGUGCCUGUGUACCAAAUCACGGCCAAAGAGCCGUAUACGCCGCUAAUCACGUAUCUGGAGACAGUAUUGCUGAUGACAUGGUAUCCGACGACAGUAGCAACGCUGUCGCGGCGCACACGGACAACGAUUGAGCGCGCAUACGAAACAAGCGUUGACAGCAAGGCUAUGUGGACGUUGGACAGCCGCAUGCAUGACUUUGGGUUCCGCGCGUGCACAUGCGUAGAGCAGUCGGUGCUGGGUGGCACAGCACAUCUUCUGAACUACCAGGGCAGCGACACAUUGAGCGCCGCGUUCUAUGCACAGUACCAGCUAAACAACGGGGACCCGGUGGCCACUAGCAUUCCAGCCACGGAGCACUCGGUAAUGAUGUCGCAUGCGAGCGACCGUGAGGCAGUGCUAGGCACAAUUGCAGCGUAUGGCGACGGCGUGUAUGCGUGCGUGAUGGACUCGUUCGACUAUGCGCGCGCCCUGGCCGAGGUCCUGCCGGCAGUCAAGCAGAAGAAGCUGGAGCGUGGCGGAUUCCUGGUGAUUCGGCCCGACAGCGGCGACCAGGUCGAGGCAGUGCUGCUGGGGCUGCGUGCUGCCGACAAGGUGUUUGGCAGCGCGCGAAACAGCAAAGGCUACAAGGUCAUUAGCGGAGCCAGCGUGAUCCAGGGUGACGGUGUCACGCCCGAGUCGCUGGAGCGCAUUCUGGCGGCAGUCCUGGAUGCCGGGUUUUCUGCGCAGUGCAUUGGCUUCGGCAUGGGCGGCGGGCUGCUGCAGAAGGUCAACAGAGACACGCUCAGUGCUGCAGUCAAGAUCAGCCAGAUCAUCGGCGUCGACGGCAUUAAACGCGAUAUCAUGAAGUUCCCCAAGGAAGAGGCCGAGAAGACGUCCCUGCCCGGCCGCUUCGCUGUCCACGCCGACCCAGCGCAGAACGGCGCGCCGGACUCGCCCAAUCUGCUGCAGGUCGUGUAUGACUGCGGGCCGGUUCCUGGGCUGCAGUGGCUGUGCUUUGACGACCUGCGCGCUCGCAUCCGCCAGCAGUGGGACAGGUUCCCCGUGACUGCCCAGGCCGUCAGCCCCCAGCUGCUUGAGCACCAGCAGAAGGUGCUGAAGCGCCAGCGGGAAAAGGUCGACCAGGGCACGGUUUUCCAGUAG